AAUCCUUCGAUUCCUGCGUUCAACACUCUUAUCCACGCCCCCCGACAGGAUUUUGGUGAUUUUGGCGUGAUUGCCUCCACUACAAAUCCUUUUGUCUGGAAGUUUCCGAACACCAAGGUCUGGAUUGGUUCUGAGACUCUGUUUCCAAUUCCUGAAGAAGUCCAGACGUUAUGGGCACGCAUCAAAGGAGGUCUUUUAGUCACUCUCGAAGCGGUUGAAGGAGAGAUGAUGAGGGAGCAAUCCCAAGAAGCAAGUCUUAGAAAGAGACACGUUCAAAGGAGAAGAUUCAUGACCGAGCUGCGCAUGUCUGGCUGCUGUCAAAAACAUGAGACUGGCAAAGAUCGCAAGGUCACCCUUUAUCCUUGUGUUUGGAUUCUAUGUGGGAGCAAAUGGUGUCGCGACAAGAUCCGUAAAGUAACCGAAAGGCUGGAGCUUCCUCAGAAUCUCUCCAGCCAGCGUAUCGAAGUCCACGAGGGCGGUCCCACAUUUAAUGCCUCUGAAGUCAACAUUCCUCGUUCGCAGCUUGACAAUGACCGGGCACUGGUUUCAGGCGUUGCUCAUUCUGGAGGCACGAUUCUCCAUCACAUUGAAGUUGCCCCAAAGCAGGAGUGCCGUUCAAUUUGUGGCAUGCUGUGUUGCACUACAUUCGUCAAAGAUGGAAACGUCAUCGAUCAGCAUGUUUCACGCAUUGGGGGCGUGCUCACGGAAUCAUUCUUCGGCCUUGAUUACAAGAUCUGGCCACUUGCUUUGACAACGGCACAUGGAAUCUUUGAUCUCCUUCUUUCCGAGGCCAGCGACGACAGCGAGCUGACAUCUGGCUCAGGGAAGAGCAAGUACCUCCAACCAUCGGCAUCAGGUAGCUACUCUUCCGACUCUGAGUCGGUCUAUGACACGGAUGAAGAAAGUAGCAGGUCCGAAGCAGAGAUUGAGAUACUAGGUAACAGGAACGCAUCGAGCGUGACGAAAUGGACACCGCUUGAAGAUGUUGUCGGUAUCAACUUCAUGGGAGAACGUCUCUCGUCUGAACAGGUUUUUGACAGGGGUACACCUGCCGACUAUACGAUCCUAAGGUCAGACACGUUGAACAGUUGCCGGAAUCUCAUCUCAUCGGAUCCAAGUGUUGAAGUCACGACAUUCGUGCUCAACUCUAAUCUCACACCCGGGCCAGUAUCGUUGAUUAUCGGCAUCGACGAAGUCAGUGAGGCAAGUUUGCUUCCAGACAUUGUAAAAAUGCCAUGGCGUCAAAAAGCACUAUUAGUGAGAAAGCUUUAUACAUCGGCACCACUAGCCCCGGGAACCUCGGGGAUGUGGGUUUGCAGAGGCUCUGCCUUCUGCGGUAUGAUUGUUGCUAUCUACCCCGGAGAACCUCUUGCUCUUUUCAUGACUGCAGAAGACCUUCUCCAAGACAUGGGCACUUCCUUUCCCGUGUCAAGACAGCCGUCGGUUUUGAACCUGCUCCCAAGCCAUACUUCUGACGAACCUGAGGCAAGCGACGCGAUACGUAACGAUCUCGAUCGUGAAUCGACACUAGAUGAGACUCUUCCAAGGGGAGAAGGUAGCGGUUCCUUCAAGCGCCAAGAAAGCUCGAGAACAGGCGCUAAAAGGGGCUCUAAAUCGGGUUCUAAAUCGAGCUCCAAAACGAGCUCUAAGAGAUACGAGUUUCAGUGGGUUUGGACCUGUGUAAGUACCGACUCGCAGUCCUCUAUGAAGGUUGAUCGAAACCCCACUAACCGUAAUGAAUAUCAUAGUGUCAAUGUGGUGACAGUGGCAUGUCCUGUCACCAUACACCGGGGUGUCCAUCUUGCAAUGUCUUUCGCUGUGCGAAUUGUCCCCUUCAACAAGUUAAAGUCAGAGUGGCUUGACGGAACCUUGUGGAGACAUUGA